AUGAGUUACGUGAGGACGUUUACUCGUGUCACCGAGUGUGCGCAUUUACAUGCGACGAAGACAAAGGUCGUUACGAGAACGCCUGUUCUUGAUUCGUAUUCUUCUUACGAUGAGAGGCAAAGCUUUUGUAGGAGGAGGAAAAGAGAAAACGAGCGAAGGAGAAGACGAAGGCGCGCAGAAGCGUCGUCGUCGUCGUCGUCCUCGUCUUUUGUUGUUCCCGAUGAUGUUGCGAACGAGGACGACGAAGACGCGGAUGAAUUAACCAAAACCAAAACGACCAGAUUGUAUUGCCUCCUGACGGCGUGUUUCGCCGAGCGAUGUAGAAAGGAAUAUCAUCAAAACGCGAAUAAGAGAGCUGUGUUCGAACACACGGUAGAUUUCGGUUUGUCGAGGAGUGAAAUACGAAUAGACGAGACACGCGUGGAAAUUAGUAAAAGACAACAAAGUGUUGACGACGACGACGACGACGACGACGACGCGAUGAUAGUUUUAAACCGAGAGGACGUGUUCGCAAUCGAGCCGGACGAUUUGACGGUGUAUACUGUCGUUCAGACGAGCGAAGAUGCGGGCGACAGCAGGGCUUUGGCAAAAUUGGAGCCGUGUCGGAUAUACUCGAACACCAUCGACAGAGUGUGCGCGCUGUGUCCUUCGGAUAGCGUUAAUCCGGAGUCAGCGCCAACUGCGUUAAUCGCGGGGUUUAGUAUGCAUCGAUUCGGCUUAGGCGUGGACCCGAAGGAAGAUACGCGACGCAAAAUUGCCUCUUUAAAGCCGUACAAAGGCAAUAAUUUAGCGGUGUUGGACGUGUGCACGGGAUUGGCGUACACGGCGAUUAUGGCCUCGGAGCUGGAAAACGUUUCGAGCGUGACGACCAUCGAGCUCGACCCGACGAUGACGCAAAUAUGUGCCAUGAACCCUCACUCGAAAGGUCUUUUUGGUCGUGCGAAAAAUACGACAAAAAAAAGGAGCGAAGAUGGCGGCGAAGAUGAUUACGAGAAACACAACAUCAUCUCGCAACUUUACGGCAACGCCUUCGACGUCAUCCAAACCUUACCCGACCGCGCCUUUGACCGAAUCAUCCACGAUCCGCCAACGUUCGCCUUAGCCGGUGAGCUGUACGGCGAAAAGUUCUACUCCGAACUUUUCCGCGUUCUCAAGCCGUCCGGACGAGUCUACCAUUACACCGGGGACCCCUCCAGUAACGUCGCCGGCGGUGGCGGCGUUCGAGGCAUCGUCAAACGCAUGAAAUUCGUUGGUUUCGAAUCGGUCGAAAUCGACCAACACGCGCACGGCGUCGUCGCCGCGAAACAACCAAACGUCAAGUUCUUUUCCAGCGGUAAAAAAGAAAAGAAUAUGUUAAAGAAUGCUCCUAAUAAAAGGGGGAAGACAUUUUCUUCUAAGCGCCGCGACGAAAGUUUUAAAGGAGGACGAGAAAGACGAGGAGGACGAGGACGAAACUCUUCGUUCGACGACGACGAACUUGACGAAUUUGACGUGUCCUCCUCCUCCUCCUCCUUCUAA